UUACUGAAAUGCUGCCUUAGUCAGAGUGUAAUUUGCAGUAAAGGGGAAGUUUAGUUUUAAACCAGAUCUUCAAGAGGCAAGGCAUAUUCAAGAAGGAAAAGAGAAUUCUGAAACAACUGCAGGGUAAAGGCAGCAGUAAUGCUAACGCUAGCAAGCAAACUGAAGCGUGAUGACGGUCUCAAAGGGUCCCGGACGUCAGCCACAGCGUCCGACUCCACUCGGAGGGUUUCUGUGAGAGACAAGCUGCUUGUUAAAGAGGUUGCAGAACUUGAAGCUAAUUUACCUUGUACAUGCAAAGUGCAUUUUCCUGAUCCAAACAAGCUUCAUUGCUUUCAGCUAACUGUAACCCCAGAUGAGGGUUACUACCAGGGUGGAAAAUUUCAGUUUGAAACUGAAGUUCCCGAUGCGUACAACAUGGUGCCUCCCAAAGUGAAAUGCUUGACCAGGAUCUGGCACCCCAACAUCACAGAGACAGGUGAAAUAUGUCUAAGUUUACUGAGAGAACAUUCAAUUGACGGCACUGGCUGGGCUCCCACGAGAACGUUAAAGGAUGUUGUUUGGGGAUUAAACUCUUUGUUUACUGAUCUUUUGAAUUUUGAUGAUCCUCUGAAUAUUGAAGCUGCAGAACAUCAUUUGCGGGACAAGGAGGACUUCAGGAAUAAAGUGGAUGACUACAUCAAACGUUAUGCCAGAUGAUAAAAGGAGAAGAUUGCAGGCCCAUGGACUAUGCAUUACAGUUUGUCUCUAACGUGAAACAGCAAGAGGUAGCCCCCUUCCCCUGUCCUUAUGCUCCCUCUCAGUCUUACUGGAUUGUCCCAGUCCUGUGACCAUAUUGUCCUGAAGAAGACCAUCUUCAUGACGCCCUCUGUAGAUGGAGAAUUCAACAUAAAUACAGCAAGAAAAUGUCUUUGGGCUUCUAAAGAGUUGUCUGCUUACCUUAAUAUGUUUACUUUUUAAAAAUUGUACUGUAUAGGCUGUUGGUGAAAUUCUUGAGAAGUUGUAAUGAACUAAAAAUUGAGGCUAGAGCUUGCUUACCCUUUUCCCAGACAAAAUUGGUUUUCUGCACAAGUGAUGCUAAUGAUGUGUUCAGUGUAACUCGCAGAUUGGCAAUAAGAAACCUGCUACAAACUGUGAUUGGAUGCAAAUUCUCUUAGCUUCUUCCACAAUGUUGGCCCUUCCUAGAUGUUGUGAAGCUUCCCAGAAUGCAUAGUCAUUCACUGUAGAUCUCUUAUUGAAAUGCGUAUUUUAUUUAAUGUAAGUAUAUUUUGGAACAGAUUUGUAAUUUGUACAAUUUAAUGCUUUAAUUAUUUUUUCUAUUCUCAUUUAGUUUGCAUUUUCAUUGUAUAGAGCAGACAGAAAGAUGUUGGGUCAAGCAACUAUUGAAGAGAAAUACAAAGAAAAUAUGAAAGACACAUUAUUCAUUCUGUCCAAAUGCAGUGAGAAUCUGGUUCUUAAAAAUCAGCUCUUGCUUUCAGGUCCAGAUGUGGCAAGGACAUUUCAGAGCCCUUUGAAGCUAGAUCUGAAUGAUAAAAAUAAAAGCAAACAAAAAAACAGGGGGCCCAUUCUCACAUGCUGUCCAGAGGAAACUGGCUGGAGCCUGAAGCAGCUGCUGCUGGUGUUCCUGCAGUGGUCGUGUGAUCGUGAGCCAGUAGCGGCUUAUCUGCACCAGAUUCUCUCUGUUCUGAGAGACAGGAGAGACACCUCAGGAAUCAGCCCAAACUGUGUCUGAUGCCGCUGAGACUGUACCUGUGGCCUUCUUCUGAGUUUGCUGUGGCUCCAGGCCUGCCAGUGGGUGAGUCUCCAAGACCUUGGAAGACCAGGAAUCAGCCGUGCUCAUCCAGGUUAACGCAUUUCAGAGGAAGAUCCCUGAGGAGAGGCGAGUGGAUUUACUCCAGCCUUUAGACUUUUGAAAUCAAAUGCAAAAUAAAUACCUGGUUUCAUUUGCUGCCUGCCUAACACUCUCAAA